UUUUCUCCCAACCUGUGUGUUUUUAGCUCCUGUGUUUGCUACGUGUUAGUUAUGCCUCAGAUUACACAUUUCUGUUCCCACACCCCUGGACACCUUUAGUUGCAUUUUGGUUUUGUUUUAUAGGGACACAGACUAGUUGUGGUGUGUUUCCACACUCAGUCGGAGGUUUGGUGUGAGCCGUUUUCAUUUUCGUCGCCCCCAUCCUUUUGGUUUCGCCCAGACUGGCCCGAACAUCAGCUCCUCAGGCUUUAUCCCUCUACUGCUGCUGACGACGACGACGACGAGGAGGCGGCGGAGGAUGAUGAUGAGGAUGAAGAUGAUGGUGUGCAGCUCUGAAUGAAUCCUCAGUCCUUGUUGACUUUCGACAGUCGGAUUUCUGGAACGAAUAUGGAUGGUUUAUUGUUGCUGUGGAUACUGCCGGCGGUAUGGGCUGUGGAAGAAAUACUAAUGGAUUCAACUACAGCAACAGCAGAACUGGGCUGGACAAUCAACCCGUCACAAGGGUGGGAAGAAGUAAGCGGCUAUGAUGAAAGUAUGAACACCAUCCGAACAUACCAGGUGUGCAAUGUCUUUGACAGCAGCCAGAACAACUGGGUACGCACCAAACACAUCCACCGCCGUGGUGCUCAGCGCAUCCACGUCCAGAUGAAGUUCUCAGUGCGUGACUGCAGCUCUAUACCCAAUGUUCCUGGCUCCUGCAAGGAGACCUUCAACCUAUACUACUUUGAGUCUGACACAGACACGGCUACAAAAUCAUCCCCAGCCUGGAUGGAGAACCCCUGGGUUAAAGUGGACACUAUAGCAGCUGAUGAGAGUUUCUCCCAGGUCGAUCUUGGUGGUCGCAUCAUGAAGAUCAACAGUGAAGUGCGUAGUUUUGGACCUGUUUCUCGCAAUGGCUUCUACCUCGGUUUCCAGGAUUACGGCGCCUGCAUGUCACUCAUCGCUGUUCGAGUCUUCUACAGGAAAUGUCCCAAAGUGAUCCAGAAUGGCGCCGUCUUUCAAGAGACUCUGUCUGGAGCAGAGAGCACCUCACUGGUAGCAGCCAGAGGGGUGUGUGUUCCCAAUGGGGAGGAGGUGGAUGUACCCAUUAAGCUGUACUGUAAUGGGGAUGGGGAGUGGAUGGUACCCAUUGGGCGCUGCAUGUGCAAAGCUGGGUAUGAGGCGGUGGACAAUGGUACCGUCUGCAGAGGUUGUGUCUCAGGAUUCUUUAAGGCUGCACAGGGAGACCACAGAUGUCUGCAGUGUCCCAUUAACAGUCGAACCACCAGUGACGGAGCAACUAACUGUGUCUGUCGGAACAACUUCUACCGUUCUGACUCGGAUCCUCUACAGAUGCCCUGUACCACUGUUCCAUCCGCUCCAAAAAAUGUCAUCUCCAUAGUGAAUGAGACGUCUUUGAGGCUGGAGUGGAGCCCGCCACAGGAGGCUGGUGGCAGAGAAGAUGUUGUCUACAACAUCAUAUGUAAGAGCUGUGGCAGCGGCCGGGGUGGCUGCACCCGCUGUGGAGACAACGUGCAGUUUGUUCCACGUCAGCUGGGACUGACUGACACGUCCGUCCACAUCAACGACCUGCUGGCCCAUACACAGUACACGUUCGAAAUACAAGCUGUCAACGGAGUGUCUGACCAGAGUCCUUAUUCCCCACAGUACACAUAUGUCAACAUCACCACCAACCAGGCUGCACCAUCAGCAGUGUCCAUUAUCCACCAGGUCAGCAGGACCACUAACAGCAUAACACUGUCCUGGUCCCAGCCUGAUCAGCCCAAUGGAGUGAUCCUCGACUAUGAACUGCAGUACUAUGAGAAGAACCAGGCAGAGUGGAACUCAUCCCUAACAAGGAGUCAGACCAACAAUGCAGUCAUACGGAACUUGAAGCCUGGAACUAUCUACAUCUUUCAGGUCCGAGCUCGGACUGUUGCUGGAUUUGGACGCUUUAGUGGCAAAAUGCACUUCCAAACGAUGACUGAAGAGGAAUAUAACUUCAGCAUCCAGGAGAAGCUCCCUCUCAUAAUAGGAUCAGCUGUUGCAGGGGUUGUUUUCAUCAUUGCUGUCACUGUCUUCAUAAUCGUCUGCCACAGGAGAAGUUCAGACAGACCUGAAUCAGAGUACACAGACAAACUCCAACAUUACACCAGUGGCCACAUGUCACCCGGAAUGAAGAUAUACAUUGACCCCUUCACAUAUGAGGACCCGAAUGAAGCCGUCAGAGAGUUUGCCAAGGAGAUCGACAUUUCCUGUGUCAAGAUUGAACAAGUGAUUGGUGCAGGAGAGUUUGGGGAGGUGUGUAGUGGAAACUUCCGUCAGCCUGGGAAGAGAGAGAUCCUGGUGGCUAUUAAGACUCUAAAGGCAGGCUACACUGAACGCCAGAGACGGGACUUCCUGAGUGAGGCGUCGAUCAUGGGCCAGUUCGACCAUCCCAACAUCAUCCAUCUGGAGGGGGUGGUGACCAAGAGCAGCCCUGUGAUGAUCAUUACUGAGUUCAUGGAGAAUGGAUCCCUCGAUUCCUUCCUCAGGCAAAAUGACGGGCAGUUCACAGUGAUCCAGCUGGUGGGAAUGCUGAGAGGCAUUGCAGCGGGAAUGAAAUACCUGUGUGACAUGAACUACGUCCAUCGAGAUCUGGCAGCCAGGAACAUCCUGGUCAACAGCAACUUGGUGUGCAAAGUGUCUGAUUUCGGUCUGUCACGCUUCCUUGAGGAUGAUACUUCAGACCCCACGUAUACCAGCGCUCUGGGAGGAAAGAUCCCUAUUCGGUGGACAGCUCCAGAGGCCAUUCAGUACAGGAAGUUCACCUGCUCCAGUGAUUGUUGGAGCUAUGGCAUCGUGAUGUGGGAGGUGAUGUCAUAUGGCGAGAGGCCCUACUGGGACAUGAGCAAUCAAGAUGUUAUCAAUGCCAUAGAGCAGGACUACAGGUUGCCACCCCCAAUGGACUGUCCCAGUGCACUGCAUCAGCUGAUGCUGGACUGCUGGCAGAAAGAUCGGAACAACCGGCCCAAGUUCAGUCAGAUUGUCAGCACCUUGGACAAGAUGAUCCGCAACCCCAACAGCCUGAAGGCCACAACGCCACUGUCAUCGAGCGUUCACUUACCUCUGCUCGAUCGCAACACUCCAGACUUCUCGUCCUUCAGCACAGUGGACGAGUGGCUGGACGCCAUCAAGAUGGGCCAGUACAAGGACAACUUUGUCAAUGAGGGCUUCAUCAACUUUGAUUUGGUGUCUCAAAUGACCACUGAGGACAUCCUCAGAGUGGGAGUGACAUUAGCCGGGCACCAGAAGAAGAUUCUCAACAGCAUCCAGUCCAUGAGGGCCCAGAUGAACCAGAUCACCUCAGUAGAGGUGUGACUGCACGUGGGCUCUGUUUACUGUAGGAAACCCAGCGUUCUCCUGGAGCCUCGAGCGGAGCCAAUGACCCACACACAGACUGGGACUCCAAUCAAACCUUCUCCAGAACAUCUCCAGAAGGUUCUGUCAGUCUGCAGCACAUCACCGGUGUUCACCACUUUUCACUCGGGCUUUUGAUGUUGUCGUUUUAUCACAGCCAGUCUUCGAGCUGCUCAGUCUAUAAAUGGGACCACUUGUUUUUUCAUUUAUUCUAUUAAAUGGUAACACACUUGAAUUCACAACCACCCACAUCAAACAUUCAGUCAGAAACCAGUUUCUAAAGUCUCCCUUGCAGUUGGAUUUUGUACCAGACUCUCUGUUUAAAAACAAUGAAAGUAAAACACGGCACAGGAUAAUGACACGAAAGCGAAACAUUCCUCACUGGUCGGACCGGUUGUCUUCACUCUGUCACACAGUCAUAUUGGUAUUCUAGAUUUUCUACUGGGAGGCACCAUGCACAGUGGUAGAGCCUUGACUUGUUUAGUUGUUUAAAAACUAAAAUAGAUAGUGACUUACCUAUUUUACAAUGACCUCAAUACAAAAAUGUAAAAAUUAACCCUAACUCAAAAUCCAUAUCUUUCUACAAUAUGGGACCUUUAAAACGAUAGACAUUCAAUUUACUUGCACUUUGCCCCUUUUUUCUAUAUAUCAGUGUCAUUGGCACUGGCUGAAUCCACUCAGUGUUCCCAGUAUGGAUCCACAGGAAAUGCUGCGCACAAACACAAACACACACCACUUCAUGUUUCUGAUGUGAAAGAAACAAGCCAUGCACCUAGUCUGACGACUCGCUCUUCUUCUUCUGCUGUAUUUCAGACAGGGUAGGUGCUGGGGUUGAGUUCGCUGCCGCCAGUUUUUGAUAAAUGUUAAGAUUUGUAAUAGAAUAUCUAAAUCAUAAAAUCACUUGUAAAUGGAUUUUGAGCUUGUAAAGUGAUGCUCACAAAUACCUCCACCAAAUCAACACUUAUAAAACGAUGGGAGAUGUUGUGCAGGCCCUAACCCUAACCACGACACAGGUGGUUUGCAUACAUUAACAGCAUGUGAGUUUUUGACCAUUAUAUUUCUGACCUGCAGUGGACUUGAAGGUAACAGAGCCACCUUGUCCAACCAGUUUUACACAUCGUUACCUGUGCACAGACGUUCACAAAACACCUAUGUCUUGUAUGAGCUCACUUCUGAUACUACUAAGAUACUACUUUUAUAUAUAUAUACUUAUUUUUAUAGCUAUAUAUACUAAUUAUACCCUAGUUUGAACUCAUUCACUUGCCAUUCCCAGUAGUAAUCAGUGGUGCUGCCAAGCCCCCCAGGACAGGAAUCUUGAUAAUUAUAGCUUUAACUCAACAAAUCACAUCCAACACAUUCAAUCAUAUUCAACCAAUUAGUGUCUGAUGGUCAUUGUGACGUCACUGUCCCAUUUGUUGUGAGUCAAGAUUUAGAUACAAUAUGUUGCAAUCUUAGCUGUCUCAGUGUUGAUGGGAUGUUUUACAGGCAGGCCGUUUCCAGGUUACCCUAUAAACACAGUUGUCAUCUCACACAUUUUAAUAUGCUUUGUUUUAUUUUUGGUCAUUGUGAAAAUUGUGCUUAUUACAAUUAUCCAACAGUGCCCCAAAGACCAAAGUUUCCUCGUUGCACAAAUAUUUAAUAUGUUGUUCAACAGGCUACACAGAAAUACAUUGCAACCACCAAAGAUAAAACAUGUCAGUUAUCUGUAUCUCACGUGAUGCUCAUGUGUUUAUUUGCUGAUAAGAGGCUGAACGUCUCUGUUGAAUCAUUCUGUGGCUCAGGAGGUGGAGUCGGUCGUCCACUAACCGAAGGUCUGUGGUUCAAUCCCUCUUCCCCCAGUCCGCCUGCCGAUGUGUCCUUAGGCAAAGCACUUAUCCCUAAAUGUCCCCCUGGCGGCUCUUCUGGCACCGUGAAAUGUGACAGCAGGUAAACAGCAGCGCUGUGUGUAUGUGUGUGAACGGGUGAAUGUGGCUUGGUCUUUGAGACUAGAAAAGACCAAGAAAAGGCUAAGUGUCUUGCCCAAGGACACAUCGGCAUGCGGACUGGGGGAAGCUCUACCUCCUGAGCUACAGCCGCCCAAUCUGGAACAACCACAGCAACCUACAAAAAACCUACAUCUGCAUCUGGGACUUCACCGGUAUUUAGACGACUGUUCUCAGAAUUACAAGUUCUGUAACUGAAAAAAACCCCAUCUCUUUCGUUCAUAAUUUAGGUCUGGUCUCAUUCUAAACAUGAGAUGUAAGCAGGUUCAGUCAGUGAACAGUUCAGAUAUAUUCAUGUGUCUGUCCUGUUUCUUUUUCUUCUCUUUGUGAAUUUAUUGUCCCUCUAUCAAGUUUUAAAACAAGCAGUGACAUCUGAAUCGAUUUUGGAUUCUGGGUGCUGUUCAGCAAUUUAAAGAGCAACUCUGGUUUGAAGGGUCCAACUGGGAGGCAGGUGAACAUAUCCACACCGUUGGAUGUGAUCAGACGCUCUCUGUCCCACUUGUGACCACGUCCAGCUGUAAUGUGUCAUUGCACAGAUGUAUAGUUGCUAGUACGAGCAUGAAUUUACAGAAGCCAGGGUUUAGUUUGUCUGAACACGAGCAGGUAGUGCAGCAUUAUGAUUCAUGAUGUACUCGUCGUCAUUUCUGAGUCAGACGAGGGCCCAAAGCUAGUGUUCAUCAUGUUCUAUGAACUAAACAUAUUAGUUCAAUCAGUUUCCCCUGCCUACUGUACCAGCAUGAGUGUCUUCUGAUGGUAUUGUUUGCUGGUUCCUCCUGAAACCCUCACACAUCAGUGUUACAGAAGCUGUACUCACAUGGACGGUUGUGGUGUGGGCAGCCAAGCCUGCUGGGUCAGGGUCAAAAGUCUCACAGGCGGGUUCAUUAUGUGAACUACGUUUUUCUUUUCAGGACAGUCGUCUCAAAAAGAGGCUUUCAUGACCUCUUUCCAAACAAGUGGGCGUUUCCGUGGCGACACCACCUCUCUGUGUGCAUUUUGCCUCUAUGGUUUCAAAUGAUCCAGCCGAGGGGAUGUGCUGAGUUCCUCUUUCGGUGGUGAUUCUGAAUGGAACAUAGAAACAAUUGACUCUCAGAACUCUAUUUUGUUGAUUUUUAACGAAAUUGGAAUUUUGAUAAAACUGUGCUUUUUAUAAAUGUUAUGCAGUUAGGACAAUUAUUAAUACUUCACAGUGUGGAAACUUGAAUCCUCAUCUUGUGUCAUGUGAUGUCUUUUGUUUGGUAUUUUGGGACAUUUGGCGUUUGAAUAUUCUACUGUACCGGCACAAAGCACAGGUUCACUGUUCAUGUUCCAUAUGUACAUGUUCCGUUUGCUGACCGCAAAAACCUCCAAGCUUGUUCUCCUUUUGAAAUGAUGAAUCAGUGCCCUCAGUUCGUAGUAGGUACACUACUCCCGAUUAUGUGAUCGCCUCUAACAGCAUUCCUCAAAUCUGUCAAAUUUCCUCCUAGUUGACCGUUGAUGUCCUGAAAUGAAAUUUUUAAAAUCAGGAAGUUAAAGGGGCAGUGAGCGAUUCUGGAGAAAGCGUGCUUCUCUCUUUGCUGCUGUUGUGAUUUUCCUGCGAACCCGGGACCUCGGGUACGGGAGACCGACGCACGACUAGGCCGAAAUGUGUUUCUCUUUGAGCCGAAAACAUUUUUUUUUUUGGCACGCACACAGAACCGACACUGAGUGGACCGACGGAUGAGGGCGAUUUUUACAAAACGCGUUUCGCUUUUGAAUCGCUUACUGCCCCUUAAGUUCUUCUCUGUGGUCUGUUAACUAAAUCACAAAUUUGAAACCAAAAUUCAAACUCCUGUGUGACGCACAAUGCAUGUCAAAACCUUCAUGAGUGUUUAUUUCAUGUCUUACCCACACUGGAGGAAUAGUCAACCGAGCAAAGCAGGAAUCUGUGGGGAAAAGUAGAUCCAUUUACCAGCACAGUGAGGUCUGACCGACCUUUACAAUCUUUACUGGUGCAUGAUUAUGUUUGAAUAUAUGGUAUAUGUCUUGUGGACUGUACAAGCCCAGCACAUCUCAAAAGCACAUUAGACACCGAUGGUGUGCCUCAUGCUCUGUGUCAAACUUCCUGGAGACACAUGACUUUUUGUUCUUGCAAUUUUUCAUGACUGCAGUCUAAAAAAAACGGUGCUUCUACAUCUCUUUGGAGCUUCCCCAACACGUUUUUACACUCCCUGUUUUUACCUGAUGUUUAAUAGAUGUCUUUCAGUCUGCACUAUUCGAUCAUACGUGUGUACGUAUGUGUGACAUUAUUGUAACAAUUUGUCCUGUAUGUUACAACCACAAAGACACUGUACUGUACAGGACAUAUGCAUAUUAUGCACAUGUCAAUGUUUUUACACAUUGGGCCGAUGCAGCACACUUAGACUGUGUCAUUGCUGCAACAGUGGCUUUAUUUGAUGGUUUGUUCUUUGUGUUUGUUUGAAACACACAUUGGUGUUCCACUACUUUUGUUCUUUAAUCAUUCAUCUUAACAUGUGAGCAUAUAAUCACGGUAUCCCAGGGCACAGGAAAAUGACGUGUGCUCUUCCAUCGCGAUAAAUCAAACAGGAGGUGUCAGAAGCACCCUUCACCUUAAAGCUCUUAAUGUGUAAGAGUAGCUGAAGAAUGAGAAAGAAUGUCUGUGUCCAUCAACAUGGACUCAUCUGGCUUGCACUAACCUUGGAAAAUGAAGGAUUUGAUUACAAAUUUCAUAUUCAUUCUGGAACAAGUGAAUAUUUUUUCCACACUAAACAAGUGGAAGAGCUGCACAGAGCUACGUAAACUGAUAAUACCUAUACACUAUGAAAUACCCGUCAGUGAGAGAUGGUACAGAAAGGAAGUUGUAUUAAUUCCAGUCAAUAUUGUUUUGUUUUUGAUUAUAAAAUAACCAUGUGAGUUUAGAGCCAAACGACAGAUUCACUAUUAAGCACGUCUCAUCUCUGCAUGUGGGGUCAUUCACAAACAGACAGUGGAAAUGACCUCACAUGAACAAGACCUCGAUGUACAGUUGUAAAGUGAGCAUAUUUGUCUUUUUUUGUAAUCGUUUCAGCCUGUGUGCCGUGCUCCGUCCCAAUGCUGACCCAUGUUCCAACUGCACCGUGGCAGCUCCUCAGUACUCGCAUAGAGCUGGAAUGUCCUGGUUCUGAGGCUAGCUUUCCUUUUUAUGGUUCUGACGGAUGUUUGCAACAUGUCUCAACUCUGGACAAUCUAAUGGGAGAUUGACAAAGAAAACAAAGAUAGAUAUGGAUAUGCAUAUUUGUGUUUGCCUGGUCCUGUUUUCUAUCAAAACUCCUUUAUCAACACAGUGUAUCUCAUAUGCCCUCUUUUACAAAGAAGUAACUUCUUCAUGAACAACACUUUGUCAACCUGUCCAGUUAUUCUGUGCAGCAGGUUUCCAUGUACGGUCUGUGUCUCAACAGACUGUACAUGGAAACCUGACAACAGUACAAUGAUAAUGUUUCCAUUAGCUCAUAACAGGAACGUCAGUGUUGCCACAUACGCUGGCCCCUAAAGGCAGGACAACGAAGCGAAACAGACUCUACACUACAUUGUGCCAUGAGUCUUUGUAAUCGACAAAUAUGUGCUCAUUUUUAAUCUUUUGAUACAGAUUUUGUAACUUAUUUCAAAUUAUCAUUGGCCCAAACGUGAUAACCCUGAUUACACAAUGCAAUUGCAGGUCACUCCAUGUACCUCUUUUAAUAUUUCCAGAGGGAUACAAGCUGUUUAGUAGUGGGCUUUAGAGGGGUUGGUUGAUGUUGAUUGAUGCUCCUCAUCUCACUCAGUAAAAGGAAGAGCAAAAUGUUCCGUCAACCACUAUUGGUGCAAUAUGGGGAAAAGUAGUAUCAAUACAAUACACAACAUUUCUACAAAAUCCCUUAAAACAAAUUGAUUCCGGGCACAAUCGGAAAGACGUACAACCAGUGAGAGCAAUGAAUCAUGUGACGUCUGCUGAGCGACUGAAGAGGAGAUGAUGUGAUGAGGAUUCCACCAUGAAUGUGAGUCAGUGUUGCUGUUUUUUGCAGGAGAAAUGUGAAAAUAUCAGGUACUUUUAGUCGAAAGCUCGUUCAUCAGCGACCGCCUUGGUUGUUUACAAAAUUCGCUUGGCCAACAAUAAACUUCCCUGGAAAAUAAAAGAGAAAAUUAUCUCUCAGAAUCCAAUGUUUCAGCUUUAUGCAGUACCUCUUCCCUUUUCAGCAAACUCUUCCUUCGUACCUGACCUGGGGUGACCCUGAACAGUUGUCAAGAUAUUUGCUGUACUCUAUUUGACCAAAGCACAUGGGACCUGGGGGUCAAAGUUCGAUUUCAAGGGGUCAACCACAGCCAAACACACCUCUUCUCAGCCCUCACCACUGUGAUCUCACUUUUCUUUUUUAUAUGUUUUUCUGUAUAAAUAUAUAUUUGAUGGUAUACCUGUGAAUUUGAAAUAUUUGUUAUACUGUUGUUGGUUUAUUUUGUAAAAAAAGAGAAGAAAAUAAGAAAUAAAUAAACAUAAGAAAACAAAGCAAACUGGGAUUGUAGAUUUCAAUUAAAAAACUGGUCACACCAGUUCAAACCCACCAGUAUUCAGUCGUGAUUGCUUCCUUAUAACAUGAUUAUGCAGUAGUUAUCACAUUCUUUCGUCACUACCAUGCACUCAUGGGUCAGAUGACACCCAUCUUUGAGUUGGCUCUCAUCUAGACACCUGUUGUAUGUCGGCAUCUUGCAUACACUAUCACAAUGUCAAAAUCUGUCCUCAAAAACCACAGACACUGGGUUUUCUGCAGGACUACAUUAUGGUGGCCCAUAUAAAUGCAGGCAAUAUACUAAUUUGCCAUGGUGACACACAGACUCACAAAGUGAAAACAAUACGUCCUGCUGCCAUGGCUGUUUAGAAAAAGGAUUGCAUGAACUGACUUAAACAAAUGCUCCCAAAGAUGUACAAAUAUAACCAUUCUUUAAAUAGUCUUUAAAACUCCACAAUACAAGGAUGCAUAUUCAAUUCUACACUGUAUAUUUUCUGAACAACAGUAAGUUCAAAACCCCUGUAAAUCUGUAAAACACCUACACGUAAAAGUGAUAAAGUAGAGAAUCUGCCAUGUUUUUAGAAGAUUUGUAUUUGUAUUACAUCAAAUACAUCAUGUUACAACCUUGGCCAGGAGGGGAGGUCAUCAGGUAGUACUCUGGCUGCUGCCCAAUUGUCAAUUUUGCUUAGGAAGGUUCAUAACUGAGUGAUAUGAUCCAGAAGUAUUUCUCUAAACUCUCUAAAUGCGUAGGAAAGGUGCUUCAAUGCUUCCUCUCCUUUCUCCUUUAGCAUAGUGAGCACUGGACCUUCCUGUGUGAUAUUUAAUGUGACGCGCCAUGCACAAGCUAAAGCGAUAAAAUCCGAAGUAGAAGAGUAUGAAUAUGACCCAAAAGAGAGACACAUGUCAUCAUGUAAGUUACUGUUACAUAUGAAUCAUAACAUCUGAUGUUACACGGUGUCAUGGUGAUAAAUACGAGUGGACAGGAGUGAGAGCAAACAUCCUCAAUGUCACAACCUUUUCUUUUUAGUCUCGUAGUAUAUAUUAUUGUUUUUAUUUCAAUUCCAACCUUGGUAAUUAAGUAUUUUUCACAGUGUUGUCCGUGUUUAGCCUGCAUUGAUCACCAUAACCCUUAAGCUAAGUGGCCUAUAAGAGGCUUUUUGUAGUCCAAUGUUUAGAGAUGUCUAGUUUCACCACGGCAGACGCACGUAAAUAACAUCCACCGUCAGAUAAUUACAUAGUUUAAGUGAAGUCGGAUUCUCUGAGUAGCUCUUUGGGAUUUUUCCCUAGUCCUAUGAAUCCUCCUUUGCACAUUUUCACCUCAUGACGAUUUCCAUUGAGGUUAAGGAAAAGUGGUUAGGAAAAGGCAAAAGGAAGGUCUUUCUAAAUCAACCCCCUAUCUUUCAACCAUCAUCCACAUUCCUCUCCAGCUUCUAGGUGAGUAGUGGUGGCCCUCUCAACUCCACUGUCCCUCUCCACCAGGGUUCGAGCUGGUGUCCUCAUCUUUGUGCCAGAGCCAACAGGAGGCUCUUUCCACUGCUUCCCACAACCUUUGGGCAGCUCUUUUGCACUUGUGGCUCUUCACGCAUACCUUUGUCAUCAGAUUCGACACAGACUGGUCUUGGAAUCUAGUGAAAAUGAUCUCUGAUAUUUCCAAUCUUCAGGAUAAAGAAUAUCAAUUUUCUCAGUUCUGGGCCCAAUCCUCUUGUCUCUGUACACCAGGUCACCAGGCUCUAUCAUUCACUCACAUGGCGUUCCUACCAUAGCUACGCAGAUGACACCCAACUCAUGUGGUCCUUUCCACAAUCAGAACCCCAGGUGACAGCACCAAUCUCUGCUGGACUUCGAUGCACCACCUGAAGCUCAAUCUGGACCAGACCAAGAUGCUCUUCCUCCCAGGGAAGGCGUCUCCCAUCAACGACCUCUCCAUCACCAUGGAGACUCUCUGGUGAUGAACCUGGGUGUGACACUGGACAAGCAGCUGUCCUUCACUUCCAACAUGGCAGUGACGACCUGCUCCUGCAGAUUCAUCCUCCACAACAUCCCAAGGAUUUGUCCGUUCCUCACCGAGAAGGCGACGCAGGUAUUGGUGCAGGCUCUUGUCAUCUCACGCCUGGACUACUGCAACUUCGUCGCAGAAUGAAAACUCACCUGUUCAGACUGCACCUUACUCUCUGAAUGAUUAAUAACGAAGCCUGUGCAAUGACGUAGCUUCCUCACAUCCAAUGACUGAGCAGCGUUUCAUUGACAUUUUCUCUUGUUGUUGAUAGCUCAGCAACGGAAUAACGGGUGGGCCGUGUCGGCGGUGACUGUGUAGCUGUGACAUCACAUUUCUGCAGAAGUCCUGACGCCUUGUAAAAAAAAGCAGCUGCUGAACGCAGGCUGUGUGUGUUUGUCUGUUUAUUGACCAUUUUGACACGGUACUUACAGACCGUUUAAAGGGCCCAUAUUAUGCUCCAGGCACCUUUUCAACCUGCCUCCACGUAUAUUUGGUUAUCUGGGGUGUCUGCCAGCCCAAGGAGAAUGAAAAGAAAACAAUGAGUCGUUGAUUUGUAGUUUGGGUUGGCCGUGCAGACGGUCUGUAAACGAGCCAUUCACAGCCCGGGCAUCAAGUGACGUAAGUUGACUCCUGCAACCGGGGCAACCACUCACCCAACCUGAGCAGCACGUCCCCCCUUGGAGUGCGGAAAACAGAUCGCGUCUACGCCAUCAUUUUCUCCCCGCAAGCGAACGACGACCGCAGGCAUGGCCAAAAGAUAUA